CAUCAACACUGGGCUACAGCAAUAUUUUCUGCACCAAGGGCAGCUGUAAGCAGGAAGUGGAGAGUUGAGCGUGAGCGAUAAAAGGGGAAUUGUUUGAAACUUUCAUUGGCCCAAGGCUCCUUGAAGCCUGAAUUAAACAGUGUUUGUUUUCUCUCUCUCCGCCUGAGGGAUGAGGUUUCACUCUGACCGGAGCUGCCGCUCACUCUCGGCUCAGCUGCAGCUGCCUGUCUGACUUGGAUUUGCCUUGUUGGAGCCUCCUGGAGGUUUGCUGUGCCCCGGCCAGCCCUGGAAACACAUUGUUGUCGGCAUUGUCGCUGCCUCAGAGAUACCGGGUCGCUGCAGCUAGAAAAUCUGCAAUGGAAAAGAAUUUGAAGAAAUAAUAUCAGGACAAGUUUGAUCCAACAAGCAAGGCCAUAGCUGGGAAUCCAAUGCACAAAUAAGUUUAUUUUGAAAGAAAAUUUUGAGUUGUGUUGAACGAUGAGCAACUGUACUGUCGACCACAGUAUCCACCAGAUCCUGUUUCCCGCCGUCUACAUUGGGGUCUUCAUCAUUGGCCUCCCGAUUAACCUGCUGUCCCUGUAUCACAGCUACCUACAGAUCAGGCAGAAGAAUGAGCUGGGAAUCUAUCUCUGUAAUCUGACCAUCUCAGACCUGUUGUACCUCCUUUCCUUACCUUUGUGGAUUCAGUACAUGCUGCAGCACGAUGACUGGCAAUAUUCUCGGGAACUUUGCAUCUUCAGCGGUCUGCUCCUCUACCAGAAUAUUUACAUCAGUAUUGGCUUCCUCUGCUUCAUUGCCAUUAAUCGCUUCCUUGUUGUGGCUUACCCUCUGAAAUUUAAAUUCAUACACAGCAGGAAGGCAGCUUUGCUCAUCAGUAUUCUCAUCUGGCUCAAGGAGAUAGCUGUCUGCACCAUUUACAUGGGCUCCAAGGUUCUCAGUAAAGACGAGGGGAAUGAUACCCUGUGUUUUGAACAUUAUCCUCUGCGCCUAAAGGACAGAUAUUUAAAUAUUUACAAACUCUCCAUUGGCUUCAGCCUCCCUUUGAUAUUAUUGAUCUACUCUUACUAUAAGGUGUUGAGAGUUGUGCACAAAAGCCAUGGACUUGAAAGACAGCGGAAAUUAAGAAUAAAAAAAUUGGUAUCUGGGACAAUCAUCAUUUUCCUGGCUUGCUUUGCCCCUUAUCACAUUUUCCUGAUGGUUCGAAGCAUAUUUGAGUAUGACUGUCCCUUUGCUGACAGUAUUUUUGAGGUUUACCAUUUUGGGCUCCUGCUGAUGAGCUUAAACUGUGUGGCCGACCCUGUUUUGUACUGUUUCAUAUCACAGAGUUCCCAGAGCUGGUUAGCCAGGUUCCUGGAUCCUGUUAUCAAUCUGCUUCCUUGUGGGAAAAAAGAAGAAAUUGUGGCCCUUGAGAUGAAGGGCAGCUCACCGCUUACAACUAAAACAAGUCUGUUACCUCAAAGACACCAGAAACAAGAAAAAUAUGAAUACCAACACUCAAAGCAAAACCUUUUGGUCUGAUUUCCUGGUGAACUUGAAGACUGUAGCAGGGCGAGUAUUCUCUUUAUCUCUGGAGAUGGCCAAUCAAUCAGAGUGUGAUAAUUCCAUCGUCUGUCCUCUCGAUUACAGUAUCUACCAGAGCCUGUUUCCCACCAUCCACGUUGUGGUCUUCAGUUUCGGCCUUUUAGCUGAUCUCCUGUCCCUGUAUCACAGCUACCUACAGAUCAAGCAGAGGAAUAAGCUGGGAGUCUACCUCUGUCACCUAACCAUCUCAGAGCUGUUGCACUUUGCCUGUCUACCCUUGUGAAUUCAAUACUUACUGAUGAAAGAUCAUUGGAUGGACAGUGAGUUGCUGUGAGCAUCGCAUUCUUCUGUUGCAUCUCUGUGGAUUGCUACCUGCCAAUGGUCCACCCUUUAAGACUCUACACCUCCUGAACUUUGAAACCCCCAUUUCUGGUCAGUGCCAUUGCCUAGAUCAAAGAAAUUGGAACCACUGUUUUCAUUUUCUCCCACAAUUGGGAUUGUGAAAGAUCAGAACAAUCACUUACCUUGUUUCGAACAUUAUCCGUUGUGGCCUUGACAAAGGAGAAUAAACUAGGACCAUCUCUCUGUGGGUUUCCUUUUCCCUAUUGUUUUGUUGACUUAUUUCCAAUCACCAGUUGUUAGCAUCUAUCUGCAAGAGUCAAGGCAUUCAGCAAGAUCAAAAGUUAAGGAUCAAGAAAUUGGUGUUAGGUGCCAUUGUCAUAUUUUGUAUUCACUUUGACCCUUAUCACAUCAUGCUGCUGGUCAGAACCCUGUUUGAGGACAUUUGCAGCUUUGUGAAGUCCUCAUUCCAUUCUUACCACUUUGCGUUGCCAUUGAUCCAUUUGAACUGCAUGGCUGAUCCCACCCUCUUCUCCUUUGUAUCUGACAGCUCACAUGGAAUUCUGAUGAGGAGUGUCUUGUCAACUUCCGUCAUUGCAAACAGAAAGAGGAAAAGAAAUGUUCAAGCACGGUUGUUGAUCCAGAAACCUAGAGGAUUGGACAUUAACGUAUUGACCAGUGUCACCACGGUGUAUUGAUAGUUCUUUCUUGUCUGAGUUAGAAGGUUACAGACUUGAGCAUAUAAUCCAGGCUUCCAAUGCAGUAUGAAGGGACUGCAACACUCUCAGUGGUGCCACAUUUGAGUAAGAUCUUAAACUAAGAUCCUGGCGUUGCUCCUUGUUGGCCCUAAAAGGUUCCAUGCCACUAAUUAAAGAAAGGAAACAAGUUUCUCCCUACUCUAAUCAUGAAAGAUUAUCUCUUUUGCUGUUUCCAUGUCUAUUAAUAUCAACAAUGUAAAUCUCAGGAGAACAUCUGCAGUGGAAUCUUACAAAGUAUAUGUUUCCAUGGAAAACAAAGCUAAUGUCAAUGCUGUUUUAAAAAGGUUGGGGAACAGACCGUACUGUUCAAAGUGCUUUUCUUAAGUUCUCUCUGAAUGUUUAUUUUGAAUCAAUCAUAUAAUUAACCAAUGCUUCAAAAACCCUUCCCAGAUAUUAGACGCCUUUAAUUUGAGGUUUGUCCUCAUCUCCCUGUAAAAUGGUUGAACGGUAGGGUUUGGGGCCUAGCUUUACUGCUC